CGCGGCGACGGCGGCGGCGGCGGCACCGCACAAAACCCUCGGGAAACAUCCAGAACGUGCCGCCAACUGGCCGGCAGGGUGGGGCGCAGCCGGGCUAAAAUCCCGCGGGCAGGGAGCCCGUCCCAGCCGCGCAGGUGGACAGGUGGAGAAUUUUGUGCCAUCUCUAGGCAGGCAGACUUCCCUGACGACAUCAGUGGUGCCCAAGGCUGUGCAGAGCGUGGCUUACAAAGACUUUAUUUCCUUCACUGUCUUUGAAGGAAACGUGCGCAAUGUGUCCGAGGUCUCGGUUGAGUAUUUGUGCUCCCAGCCGUGUGUCGUCAAUUUGGAAGCCGUUGUGUCCUCUGAGUUCAGAAGUAGCAUCCCUGUGUACAAAAAGAGGUGGAAGAACGAGAAACAUCUUCACACCAGCCGGACCCAAAUAGUGCACGUGAGAUUCCCAAGCAUCAUGGUGUACAGAGAUGACUACUUCAUCAGACACUCCAUCUCCGUGUCUACCGUGAUCCUGCGCGCCUGGAUCACCCACCGGUACAGCGGCGGAGACUUCGAUGUGAAAUGGGAGGAAAACCCGCUGCAUGCCGUGGCAAGGAAUUACACUCUGCUGAAGACGGUCCCGCCUUUUGAGCGCCCUUUUAAAGAUCAUCAGGUGUGCCUUGAGUGGAACAUGGGCUACCUUUGGAACCUGCAGGCAAACAGGAUUCCACAGUGUCCCCUGGAAAAUGAUGUGGUUGGCCUCCUUGGCUUUCUGUAUGCCUCCAGUGGAGAAAACACAGGGAUUGUCAAGAAGUUCCUGAGGUUUCGGAACCGAGAGCUAGAGGCCACCCGACGCCAGCGGAUGGAUUACCCAGUGUUUACUGUUUCACUGUGGCUUUAUUUACUCCAUUAUUGCAAGGCCAAUCUCUGUGGGAUUCUGUACUUUGUUGAUUCCAAUGAGAUGUACGGCACACCUUCCGUGUUUCUUACUGAAGAGGGUCAUUUGCAUAUUCAGAUGCAUCUCGUCACAGGAGAAGACCUUGCUGUAAAAACAAAAUUCAUCCUACCUUUGAAGGAGUGGUUCCGACUGGAUAUUUCCUUUAGCGGGGGCCAGAUAGUAGUGACCACUAGCAUCGGACAGGAUUUGAAAAGCUAUCAGAAUCAGACCCUUAGUUUCCGGGAGGAUUUCCAUUACAACGACACAGCGGGGUACUUCAUUGUUGGAGGGAGCAGGUAUGUGCCUGGUGUUGAAGGGUUUUUCGGACCCCUGAAGUAUUAUCGCCUCCGCAGUCUGCACAAGGCACAGAUUUUUAAUCCCCUCCUUGAGAAGCGACUCACCGAACAGAUCAAAUUAUAUUAUGAAAGAUGUGCUGAGGUUCGAGAAAUAGUGUCUGUGUACGCCAGCAUGGCCCAGCACGGGGGCGAGAGACAAGAGGCAUGUCGCCUCCGCCACGCCUACCUGGACCUCGCACACAGGUAUGGGAGGCUGUCGACGUGCGGAGCCUUCCCCUGGGAGAAAGGGCUGAAGGACAAGCACCCCAGCUUGUUCCAGUCGCUGCUGGAGAUGGAUUUGUCGACCGUCCCAAGGAACCCAGGUGCAUCUGUAUUAGAAAUCGGUGGGAGGAUCUUUGAGAAGGCUGUCAAGAGACUCUCCGGCGUUGAUGGUCUUCACCAAAUUAGCUCUAUCGUUCCCUUUCUGAUGGAUUCAAGCUGCUGUGGAUACCAUAAAGCAUCCUACUACCUCGCAGUCUUGUAUGAAACUGGCUUAGCUGUUCCCCGGGACCAGCUGCAGGGCAUGUUGUAUAGUUUGGUUGGAGGUCAGGGCAGUGAGAGGCUGUCUUCAAUGAAUCUUGGGUACAAACACUACCAGGGUAUUGACAACUACCCACUGGACUGGGAACUGUCAUAUGCCUACUACAGCAACAUUGCCACGAAGACACCACUUGACCAGCACACACUCCAAGGAGACCAGGCAUAUGUUGAAACCAUUAGACUAAAAGAUGAUGAAACACUCAAGGUACAAACCAAAGAAGAUGGAGAUGUCUUUAUGUGGUUGAAGCAUGAAGCUAUCCGAGGCAAUGCAGCAGCUCAGCAACGACUGGCCCAGAUGCUCUUCUGGGGGCAGCAGGGUGUGGCCAAGAACCCCGAAGCGGCAAUCGAGUGGUACGCCAAGGGGGCUCUGGAGACGGAGGAUCCCGCUUUAAUAUAUGACUAUGCCAUUGUGCUGUUCAAGGGUCAAGGAGUGAAAAAGAACAGACGGCUUGCCUUAGAGCUGAUGAAGAAAGCAGCUUCCAAGGGAUUGCAUCAGGCAGUCAAUGGCCUGGGAUGGUAUUACCACAAAUUCAAGAAGGAUUACGUCAGAGCGGCCAAGUACUGGUUAAAAGCAGAAGAAAUGGGGAACCCAGAUGCGUCGUACAAUCUUGGAGUCCUGUAUCUGGACGGCAUUUUCCCCGGAGCUCCUGGAAGGAACCAAACUUUAGCUGGUGAAUAUUUCCACAAGGCUGCGCAAGGUGGACACUUGGAAGGGACCUUGUGGUGUUCUCUCUGCUAUAUCACUGGCAACCUGGAGACAUUCCCUAGGGAUCCUGAGAAAGCCGUUGUUUGGGCAAAGCAUGUAGCUGAGAAAAAUGGCUACUUGGGCCACGUCAUCCGCAAAGGCCUCAACGCCUACCUGGAGGGCUCAUGGCAUGAAGCUUUGCUGUAUUAUGUUUUAGCAGCAGAAACUGGAAUUGAAGUGUCACAGACAAAUUUAGCACACAUCUGUGAGGAGAGGCCAGACCUGGCCAGGAGAUACUUGGGCGUCAAUUGUGUUUGGAGAUACUAUAAUUUCUCUGUUUUUCAAAUCGAUGCUCCUUCAUUUGCAUAUUUGAAAAUGGGAGACCUUUACUACUAUGGCCACCAAAACCAGUCACAAGACCUUGAGUUGUCUGUGCAGAUGUACGCCCAAGCAGCGCUGGAUGGAGACUCCCAGGGAUUUUUUAACCUGGCCCUGCUCAUUGAGGAAGGUGCUGUCAUUCCACACCAUAUUUUGGAUUUCUUGGAAAUCAACUCAACUCUGCAUUCUAAUAACAUCUCCAUUCUCCGGGAACUGUACGAAAGGUGCUGGAACCAUAGCAAUGAGGAGUCCUUCAGUCCCUGCUCCCUAGCCUGGCUUUACCUUCACUUGCGGCUGGUCUGGGGCGCCGUCCUGCCCUCGGCCCUGAUCUACUUCCUGGGAACCUUUCUGCUGGCCGUGUUGAUCGCCUGGACCGCACGGCACUUCCAGUCUGUCUCAGCCAGUGGUCCCCCUCCAGUGCCAGCCCGGGCCUCCCUGGCCCCCACCACUUCUCCUGCAAGUCCAGCUGUGACUUCAGCUGCAGAUGCCUCCAGCCAGGACCAGCCCACAGUCACUAACAAUCCAGAGCCACGUGGUUGAACUGUGUACUCCAGAUCUCCCUGGAUGAAAGAGAAUCCUUUCAGCAACUGUUUUUAGAGGUUGGGGCCAGGGCAUUAUCCUGAUAAACACCUUAAAUGUCUUGUCAACUGGA